GCGAUUUACUAUAUGUCAGCGUCGCCUGGCAGAGCUUCGAAAGGUGUCUGCUUCGUCGUGCGGCCAUGAGAACGAUUUGGUUUGUAAUUGAAAAAUAAGAUACUAGACGAUUGGCUAUCCUAUUUCCUUUUUAUUGUGCCAAUUGAUUGCACUUAGUUAUAAAUCAAACCAAGUUGAAUAGCGAGUGCUUGUUGCUUUCACACAGUGAGGUGAAGUCGGGGUGGAGGACGGGGGAGAGUAUAGUCGGGGGCUGCGGAUGAGUUCGGAGCAUUGCCCGUCGCCGCAGAAGCCGGAGGUGGUCAAGCCGGUUUCGGAAAAACGUGGACAACAGGAGAUAACAUCGAAAACCGACAAGGAUCAAGGCGGCAUGGUCACCACAAAGGGAGCAGGGCUGAACCCCAACGCCAAAGUCUGGCAGGAGAUCCCUGCGCCCCAGAGCCAAGUCACGGAGGGCACCCACUGGCUAGAGACUACCCCCGCUUCCGAUGUCCCUGAGGGUUACUCAGAGGCUCCCCCUACUCGGGGUAAGGUGUACGGCACGGGGUACUCAGACCCCUCCUCGGACAGCAGUGCCCGUUUACCCACAGAGGGUGUACUGAUCGGCAUGGACCCCCCUGAACUGGGGUACCCCCUCUAUGACUCUGUGACUGAGUCAGCAGUGGAGGAACAGCAGCCCCUCUCUGAAGAGAGCCUGAGAGAGUCUCUGAAGAAACAGCUGGAGUUCUGCUUCUCAAGAGAGAAUCUGUCCAAGGAUCUGUACCUGAUGUCCCAGAUGGACAGUGAUCAGUUUAUCCCCAUCUGGACCAUCGCCAGCAUGGAGGGCAUCAAGUUCCUCACCACCGACAUGGACCUCAUCCUGGAGGUGCUACGAGCUUCACCCAUGGUACAAGUUGACGAGAUGGGGGAAAAGGUUCGGCCCAAUCACAAGCGCUGCAUCAUCAUUCUGAGGGAGGUGCCAGAGACCACACCUGUAGAGGAAGUGGAGGCCCUCUUUAAGAAUGAAAACUGUCCCAAAGUGAUAAGUGUUGAAUUUGUGGCCAACAACAACUGGUACAUCACAUUCCAGUCGGACACCGAUGCACAGCAGGCCCACAGAUAUCUAAGGGAAGAAGUGAAAACGUUUCAGGGAAAUCCCAUCAUGGCUCGUAUCAAGGCCAUCAACACAUUCUUUGCGAAGAAUGGCUACCGUAGCGUACCGGACUCCAGUGUGUACAGCCAGCAGGGCCAGUCUCAGUCCCAGUACAGCUCUACACCCCUCUACAUGCAGCAGGUGUACAGCCCCCAGCAGCAGUACCCACUCUACCCCCUGGUGCCCCCCACCUGGAACCCAUCGCCUGCCCCUUACUUCGAGACCCCACUGGCCCCGUUCCCCAACAGUGGCUUUGUGAACGGCUUCAGCACCCCUGGGAACUACAAGACUGGCAACAGUCCCCUGGGCCUCGGACGACCGCCCUUCAACAGAAACCGGAACCACGCGAAGAGCCAGCCCCGGCCGUGUGAUGAGGCCUCUCCUCCCUCUGUUACCCCUGUAUCCCCCCUGGUGGACGGCCUGUCUGGCCCCUCCAGCGCUCUUCCUCCCCGGACGGCAGGGGCUCCCCUGGGCAGCACCCCCGAGCCUGGCCCUGCGCCCCCCUCCCUCACCUCCCUCACCAUCAGGGACACCCUCCCACUGGUUGCAGAGGGGAUGCCCAAUGGAGACCUGGGCAUUGCUGGCAGGGGCAGGAGAGGCAGCUACAGAGGGAUGCGGAGGAGGAGAGAGGACGAGAGGAUCACGAGGCCCAUCCCUCUGAGCGAGAUAAAGGUUCCACAGCCCAAGUUUGAUCUGGCUGCCUCCAACUUCCCUCCGUUGCCGGGGUGUGUGGUCAGCACGCAGGGAGAGCCUGUGCUAGAGACUCGCAUGUCUGAUGUGGUUCGAGGCCUGAAGGUGACCAGCGACAAGCCUGAUGUGAGUAAGGAGUCUGUGGCCCCUCCUGCUAGUGCCCAGAAGGAGACUGUGAGUGUGCCCAGUCCUGUCACGCCGGCCCCCAAACCCCCCACCCCUCCGGUCGUGGAGCCCCCUGUUCCAAGUGUUGCUCAUCCGGUGAAAAAAGUAGAGAAGGCUGAGCCUCAUGUCCAAAAGGAGAUGACUCCAACCCCCGCACCACCCUCUUCUCUGCCAACCCCCACACCACCCUCUUCUCUGCCAACCCCCUCACAGCCCGCCGCUGCUACCAAACCCACCCCUACGCCCACCCACAGUCAGUCCAUCUCCACGGCAACACCAGUCCCCGCCACUACCACACCUGCACCGGAGUCAAGGAAACUGAGCUAUGCUGAGAUGUGCAAGCGGCCAGCCACCCAGCCCCCAGAGCCAAGCACCUUCCCAAAACCUCCCACCUCCUCAGCCAGCCAACCCCUGCGGGAGCUGCGGGUCAACAAGGCCGACGAGCCCGCCGCCUCCUCCAGCAGCAAUGGGGAUAGGUCGGAGAAACCAGAGCGGUCUGGAGAAGGCCGGCCCCACCGUGACCCACUGGGCUCAUACUGUGGGGUCAAUGGCCCUGCCCGAUCCGGAGGGAUGGGCCUAAAGUACCGGGAUCAGCAGAGAGGUGCGUCCAUGAGCCGACGCAUCUCCCCCCAGGGCUGGGCCAGACGGAGUGGGAAGGAACAGAACAUUCCCCCCCGGUCACCAAAGUAGUUUAAACAACAACCAACAGACUAACAGGAAAACAAACAGAAAUCUAUAUAAAUAUAUAUGUGUAUGUAUACGUAUGUGUGUGUGUGUGUGUGU